AUGGCUUUGUGUAUUGUACUUCUUUGUCUCCCGUCUCUGGUGCUUCAUCCCUCAGCCCAAAACUCCCAGCAAGACUACCUCAAUGCACACAACGUGGCACGUAAGCAAGUCGGCGUCCCGAACAUCACGUGGGACAGCACCGUCGAGGCCUAUGCUCAGAACUAUGCCAACUCAAGUGCUGCAGAUUGCAACCUGGUGCAUUCAAAUGGGACUUAUGGUGAGAACUUGGCCAAGGGGAGUGGCUCAUUUACAGGCACAGCUGCUGUGAACUUGUGGGUGGCAGAGAAGCCUAACUAUAACUACACCUCAAACUCUUGCGUUGGAGGGCAGCAGUGCCUGCAUUAUACUCAAGUGGUUUGGAAAAACUCUGUUAGGCUGGGGUGUGCUAGGGUUCAGUGCAGCAAUGGGUGGUGGUUUGCGACUUGCAACUAUGACCCUCCUGGCAACUAUGUUGGGCAGCGUCCUUAUUAA